AUGACGGAGACAUUUCCUUCAAAGGUCUUGCAUUGCAGCGGGAAGGCCACAUCCACUUCUGGUAAAAAGCUUCCUAGGAUCCCCAAGUGUUCUCGGUGCAGGAACCACGGCUACGUGUCACCGCUGAAAGGACACAAGCGAUUCUGCACGUGGAAGGACUGUCAGUGCCAGAAGUGCAAACUGAUCGCAGAACGCCAGCGUGUGAUGGCGGCGCAGGUUGCUCUAAGAAGACAGCAAGCUCAGGAUGAAGAAUUGGGCCUUUGUCAGCCAAUCCCAAUACCUAAUCCAGAAUUCGUCAUCAGAACUGAAGGUACUGGAAGUGGAUUGUGCCUGCUUGCUCAGGGAACCGGAUCUUCAGCAUUGGCUUCAGACAACAUACAGUUAUCCCCAGCAGAGAAACCUGCCGGCCUGCAAGAGAGUUUGCCCACUGUCAGCCAUGGUCAAAUGGAGGGAUCCAAGGACCUGAUUGUUGAUUCUACAUACUACAGCAAUUUUUACCAGCCAUCACGUUAUCCACCUUAUUAUAACAACUUGUACAACUACCCACAAUACCAGGUACUGAGUGAAAAUAUAAGGGUAGUUUUUAAAACAUCCAGACAGUUGAUGGUGCCAGAUAAGAAAAGAACUUCAGACAUCAGGAAGCUACCUUUUGGUGAAAAUUUGUUGGCCAACCACAAUAUGAAUCCUCAGUACCAGAUGCACUCAUAUUACUCAGCAGCUUCUUACCUUGGGCAGAGUAUUGGUUCAUCCUCUCACAUCCGUCAAUUAAUCACCAUGGAUGAAAGCCCCACAUACACAGAACCAAAGAUGAGCAUAUUUUCUCCAUUUGGCUGUCAAGAAGCAGGUUCAUCAUGCUUGUCCACUAGUUCAGGUGGUAACUCUGGAACCACAAAGCGGGAAUCUGAAGAAAUCAGCGAGUCUGGAGCCUUUAUGGUAGAGUCCAUCAUUGAAAGCAGCAAUGAUCAACAAUAA